UACUUAGAAUUGUUGACCCCUGGUAUUUUAUUGGUGGAGAGUCGGUCUUGCUUAUUGUUCAAGAGAUUAAUAGCCGCUGACAGCUUCAAUUGGUCCAACUGUGUCACGUUAAUACUGCAGACUGGAAAGUAGUCGCCUCAAAACGCAUCCGUCGUACAGAAAACGCCUCUGGAGUGCCGAUCGCGUGUGGUAGCUUUCAUUGCUUACUAAUGAUGGCUUUUGUAUUUCCUGAACGCCGUGCGAGUUUACAAAAGUUUGUCAACACCCGCGUACACAGGCGGAAAACCGAGCUUUAUAAAACCAUAACAAACAUUUGCUCAGUGGUCCAGGAGUUAUUGAAGCAUGUGGAAGGCCUCGAGCCACGCUUCAUCUCUUCUCUGAAGUUUGUGGAUGGAAGAUAUCAAGGAGUUAGAGCAUUAUCUCCCCGCAGCUUCGAAGUGCAUUUAUACUUGAAUCAAAUGGGAGUUUUUAAUUUUAUCGAUGAGGGCUGCCCGCCCGGCUGUGCUAUGUUGAAACUCAGUGAUGAGCGGAAGCGCUCCAUGUCUCUUUGGACAGAGUUUAUAACGGCUUCUGGCUACUUGUCCGCUAGAAAAGUGCGUUCGCGGUUCAUAUCUUUAGUCGCGGAGGCAAUACGGCGCGGAGAACUUCAGAAUCGAAUUCGUGUCAACGUAGACAAUCAUUUCUCAGCGAAACUCACAGUACUAGAGCGUUACACCGUAGAGCUGAUCCCGGCGUUUCGUUGUGGCUCUAUCUGGCCGCAAAACGGAUGUUGUUGGCCAAAUCCUGAUACUAUUUGGCCUCCACAGCCAGUAAUAGCCGGCAUUAAACUACGAGGGUUUUCGUUGCUAGCGCGAGAUCCGUAUCCGAGUGUCAAAGGCGCAGGGUCUGAAGGCGAUGCCUGGCUACUGUGCUUCUAUGACGCCGAGGACAUGCUCUUCGCAAACGGCGGGCGAAGGCUGUGUCUUAGUAUGUUGAAAACUUUGUACGACAAGCACCUCGAUUUAUCCGGAAAGCCGUUGGAAUAUGUUCACCUAGUGAUGUUAUUGCUCUAUGAAUGCGAGAAACAUCCCAGAGAAAUGGAAUGGACCGACGAAUCGCUGAUCGAUCGCAUCAACGGUAUUCUUCUACAGCUCGUGUCUUGCUUGCAGUGUCGAAGUUGCCCUCAUUUCUUCCUUAAGGGAGUGGACUUGUUUGGCUGUAAGCCAAAGCAGGCUUUAGACACUGCGGCAAAACAGGCUUGGAAUAUAGCGCGAGAUAUCGCCACGAACCCUGGAAGUUUUGACAUCCUAUAGAACAACAGGAGUAGCUUGAAAUUAAGGUUCUUAGGCAUGCAAACUAUAGAACUUUAUUAAAACGUCAGUUGUUUUCCGGAGGGACAUGGGCUGUUUUAAUUUCAAUUUAGUGUCUUCUUAAUUUUGCGAAUGCCUUUUUGAUUAAAAAAAAUGAGCAUUUCAUGGUUGCCCAAAGGCUCUAAAACGCAGGUGUUGAGAUUUGUGUCUGUCGAGAUUCAGUAUGUCCCUUUUUGUAUAAAUUGUAUCUUCCUUCGUUGGGGAGUUUGGUUGUGUGGGACAACAAGUUUGAAACAAAGGGAAAAUGUAGAAUCUUAAAUCAUGGAUAAAAUUAUACCACAAUGUGAAGAAUAUUUGGUAUUGAAGAAUAUAUUUUCGAAAUUGUGAAUAUAUAACUUUUUAUGCUCUCUAGCUUUAGGACAAGGUUAACCACCAUUUUUUUUUCACAAUGAAAACAAGGAACUUGAGUGCUUCACUUACAUAAUAAAGGACACCUUUAUGUAG